AUGUUAUCUUCUUCUGCUCCGGCUACUAGUAGAAAAAAGUAUGAGCCAAUCAUUCCAAAACCAUUAUUCUAUGUGAGCCUUGUUGUUACAAUUCUUGGUGCUCUUGUGAUCAUCUACAGAUCAUACAAUAUUUCUAGAGAAUUUGUUCAAUAUGGAAAUGUUUUCUUUCCAUUACGACUGAGAGAAGGAUGGUUUAUGGGCAUGCUUCAGGAUUUGACAGAUCCACAGUGGGACAGCUUUCGACAAUUCAUACCAAUGCUUUUAAUAGGAGCAGUAAUUUUCGUGUCGAUUUCUAGAGCAAUAAGACACUUCAUAUUUCCAACUAAUGUUAAACCAAUAUUAAUUUAUAAUAUAGUAUUUUCCAUUGGAUUUGUGUAUUUUCUGUACGGAAACUGCUCAAUCUUUCUAAUAGCAAUUGCUCUUUUUAAUUAUGGAAUUGGAAAAGUAUUCAAGAAAAGCAAGCUCAAUGAUUUAUUUUCCUGGUUAUUUAAUUUAUCAAUAUUAUUCACAAGCAAAUACUAUGAUGGAUAUCGAUUUUAUAAUUUCUUUUUACCUUCCUACUUGGAGAGUAAUAGAGGCGUGCUCAGCUGGGAAACCUAUUUCAAUAUCAUGUUUUGUAGACUCAUUAGCUACAAUAUGGAUUAUUCUGAACAACUUCGAAAGGUACCCUCAGAUGGCAUAUCUGUUAAAAAAGACGAAGAAAAGUGGUCUGAAUAUCGUCAAAGACAAGAAUCAACAUUGAAUGUUGAAGCUGAUUUUAAUUUAUUACAUUAUUUUGCGUAUCUUUUCUAUGUACCAUUAUUUGUGGGAGGACCAGUGUGUGGCUAUACUGCAUUCAUAUCCUAUGUUAAAUAUUCAACUCAAAAAGAGCUUUCAUAUAAGCAAUUAAUAUGGCACACCAUCCGAUUGAUCUCUUACAUUGUAUUACUCGAAAUAUAUCUUCACCUAUUUUACACUGUUGGAUUUAAUGAAAAGGGUCUGUGGAAAUCUAAUUCAUGGGUUGGACCUCAAGCAAGUCUCGCUCCAUUUGAUGUAGGGUUAUGGUCGCUUUGGGAUGGAAUUAAUCCUCCAGAGAAUAUGAACCGAUGCGUGAAUAAUAAUUAUUUGGUGUCAGAUUUUUGGAGAUCGUGGCAUAGAUCCUUGUACUUGUGGAUUCUAAAGUAUCUCUAUAUUCCUCUUGGAGGAAGCAAAUCAAAAGUUUGGAGCGUGUGGAUUAUUUUCACAUUUAUUGCUUUGUGGCAUGAUUUAUGGUGGAGAUGGUUGGCAUGGGCUUGGAUUAAUUGUUGCUUGAUCAUCUUGGAGGCAAUCCUAAUGUUCUUUGUAUUUCCAAAAAUCAAAUGGAUAGAAAAUAUGAGAACCAAUCGCAAGUACAUGUUUGCAACUCUAUGUGGUUUUGGUGGAGCUGUGAGCAUUAUUACCUUAGUCAUUGCCAAUCUCGCAAUCAUGCACGGAUUUGCUGACACUCCUCUCUUCAUUCAUCAGUUGUUCUGGCAAUCUGGAGGAUUUGUUUUCUUGGGUGUUGCUCUUUUCUAUUUGAUGUUUGUUGUCAUGGUCAUGAUUCAUGUUAGAGAUUUGGAAAAGGUGAAAGGAGAGCUAUUCUUGAGAUGA